ACAACAACCACACUGUAAAUCCCCACAUCUCCGGGUUGGACUAACGUUAUCAGCGGGCAUAAAACAGUACUAACACUACCUCACAGUCACCUGGAAAUAGGGUGUUCGCCACACUCAGUGCUAUGGGGGCUACAAGGAGAUCUCAUGUGUCCUAUUUCAUCCUGCUAUUUCUGUUGCCAGUUGCAGCUUGCUUGUACUGCUACCAAUGUGGCAGCACAGGCUCAGAAGGAUCCUGUAAAACGGAUACCAAGACGAUGGUAAAAUCGGCCAACGACAUUUUAAAUAACACCAGUCCAGAUGAAGAAGUACAUGUAGUAGAUCUAGAUACAGACUCUGAGGGAAGGACCCUGCCCUACAUCAAGAAGUGUCCCAACUCUAGGAAUGUGUGUAUGAUCGAAACUGUUGAGGCUGCACAGACGUCGGACAUUCUUAGCUACAUCCGGGACUGCUCUGACGGGGAGACGUUCUCGUUCGGAAACUUGUCCAUGCUGCAAGGCAUUGAGCACAACAACUUCAGCACGUGUGCCUACGACACUCGCGGAUACAUGACCUGUGUCACCACCUGCCAAACAGACUUCUGCAAUGGACCAAAGGCCGGUGCCACCUCACUGAUGAUGUCGGUCGCUCUCCAGAUUGCCUGCCUGUUGUGUGUCUUCAGAAUGACGUGCACGUCUUUGUAAUGGCGUCGAAGCAUCACAGUGAGUGAGUAAGUUAAUAUUCAACGUCACAUCGGCAAUAUUUCAGCCACAUGGUGACGAGUCGAAGCAUCACAAGCUACAAGGUACCGGAAUUAAUCAGCUGGCCAUUGCAAGGAUUCUACUACAGUGAAACCUCGUCAAUCCGGAACCCGUUUAACCGGGAACCCCGAUUCUGGAAGGAACAUGUACAUAUAUUCAAAAGGAUAUGUCUCCAUUCCGAUGAUUUGUAAAUCCGGAAGUUAUUCUAAUCCAGAACUGCUCUGCUGUGGAUCUCACUGAGUAUGCUUUAUUUACGAUAUUGAUGGUUCUUGAGAGCAUAAACGUAAAGUAGUAUCCAAUACCUAAGAAAACGGAAUUCCUGGCAGUGAGGAACAUGGACAACAUAAUAUAUUUGUGAUAAAGUCCACACUGGGCCACUGACCGAACUAAUCAAUUCGUUUAAAGUGUGUAAAUAUGUAAUUACUACAUGUACGGGUACCACGAAUACUUCUUGUAGUAUCCUGUAGUAUUCAUUAUCUCCUCAUUAUUCUGGGCUCCUCUGAUCGGCCAUAAAAAUCCGGAAUAAAGAAAUGAUGUCUUUUUUAAAUCUUAUCAAUAGGCCUGAGUAAGCCUUCGACAAGAAUUGUGACGGUUCGAGUUACCUUGAGUUUGGUGUAUUUUUUAAAUCUUAUCAAUCGGCCUGACUGGGCCUUCGACAAGCUUCGUGACGGUUCGAGUUACCUUCAGUUUGAUGUAUUUUUU